CGCCUGUAUUACCUAUAAAUCGUGCUUAAUGUAGAAAAUAAUAAUGGCAUCUGUUAUAUAUUCACUGAGAAACUAUAAGUUGAAAAAUAAGGAGAGAACUGUGUGUGUAUGUUUAUUAUGAAUUAUUUAUAAUAUUGGGCAAUUUAUAUACUUGAAAAAAUAUAUUCGCACAAUCGAUAAUUGCAGCAUUAGAAAUGAAAUGAUGUUAACUACAACACAAGAAAAUAAUAGAAAAAGAAAGAAUAAAGUGACCGAUGAUACUGAUGUUGCGAAUAAGGUUUCGCCUGCAAAAAUUAUAGUGAUACCUCAUAAUAAUAUAAAUAUCAAACCUCUUACGUCCAGAAAUAUAAAAGAUAUUCAACAGAAACUUAAUUUAACAUCUGAAAGACAAAGUAAAUUAUGGACGAAAGCUGAUAAUGGAAACAUUGACGAUACCUCUACUAAAAAUUCUUCGAUUCCAGCUAUUCCUAAAAUAUUAUUAUUAUCACAAAAAUUACACGUUAAACCGCAACCAUUGUUAAAUUUGGUGAAGCUAAAUAAUAAUUCUAUAACUUCGUGCAAUCAAGUAGCUGGUAAUUCAGAUAAUCCAAGUCUACCCACCACUAAUAAUUCGCAGGCCUGUAAUUGCAUUGAACUUACAAAAGAACGUGAGAAAAAUGAACAAUUAAUAAAGAAAUUAUUAAAGGAGCAGCAAACGAUAGAUGAAUUACGCAGCGAAAUAGAAAAGUUACAUAAUAAUUAUGCUAAUCUUUUAAAGGAGAACGAGAGUUUAAAACAGGAUCAAUUGGAAAAAGCAGAAAAUAUCUCACAAUACUUUUACGAUACUAUACCCUUUUAAAAAGUUAUAAACAACCAGUAAGACAAUUAUCUGAACAUACAUGGCUAUAUGCAUGUAAUUUAAUAAAACUAG